AUGGCGAAGGGCGAAACUUUCAACGAGAAGACUGCGCCGGCGUAUCCGAAUGACGACCCCCUCACCGAUUAUGCUCAGACUACCGAUGUCGUCGCAGGACUUCAUCGCCGCCUGUCCAAUCGCCAAAUUCAAUGGAUCGCCAUUGGAGGCUCCAUCGGCACUGCGCUCUUCGUAUCCAUCGCUUGGGGUCUUGUAGAAGGCGGCCCCGGCAGCUUGUUUAUUGCCUUUGCGAUAUACUGCUCGAUCCUCGCCCUCGCAAAUAAUUGCAUGGCGGAGAUGGCCAUCUUCAUGCCUGUGGUGGGCGGUUGGGUCAGGAUGGGUAGCAAAUGGGUGGACGAGGCCUACGGCUUCAUGGCUGGCUGGAACUUUUUCCUUUAUGAAGCCGUCUUGAUACCUUUUGAAAUAUCUGCGCUCAACCUGGUUUUGACCUUCUGGAGAGACGACAUCCCGGUCGCUGCUGUCGUCGCCGGUUGUAUCGUUCUAUACGCAAUCAUCAAUUUGUUCGCGGUUCGCGCCUACGGAGAGAGCGAAUUUUGGCUCGCAUCCGGCAAAGUACUGCUCAUCUUCAUGCUGUUUUGCUUCACAUUUGUGACAAUGGUCGGCGGCAACCCCAAACACGAUGCAUACGGAUUCCGCUACUGGAAGAAUCCUGGAUCUUUCGCCGAAUAUAUCCAUGAAGGCACCCUUGGCCGCUUUGAAGGCUUCCUCGGCGCAUACUUCCAAGCCAGCUUCACGUGCGUUGGCCCUGAGUACGUCGCUAUGGUCGCAGGAGAAGCCAUCUACCCUCGCAAAACGAUCAAGACCGCUUUCAAAACCAUGUACUUCCGGUUCGGCCUCUUCUUCAUCAUGGGAGCCCUUUGCGUUGGCAUCAUUUUGCCUUACAACGAUCCUACACUGGCCGGAUUGCUCGACGCUGGGGAAACCGGAACUGGCGCAGCUAGUCCGUACGUCAUUGCGAUGAAGAAUAUGGGCAUCUCUGUACUGCCGGAUUUGACUAAUGCGUUGAUGGUGACGUCCAUCUUCUCAGCAGGAAAUUCAUACGUCUACUGCGCCACCCGAACUCUGUACUCCCUCUCACUCGACGGUCAUGCGCCCCGCUUCCUGCGGAAAACCACCCGUGCCGGCGUUCCCAUCUAUUGCUUCUUCGUCACGAUGAUAUUUCCGUUCCUCGGUUUCCUCUCCGUCGGUCGCGCCGCCUCCGAGGGCGUAAAAUGGCUCGCCAAUAUUACCCAAGCCGCACAGCUCAUGAACUACAUCAUCAUCUGCACCAUCUACCUGUGCUUCUACCGCGCCCUUAAAGUCCAGGGCUACGAUCGUAAUUCGCUUCCAUACAAGGGCUGGGGCCAGCCAUAUGUUGCCAUCGCGGGUGUGAUCCUGUUCUCGGUAACGCUGGCAAUCUACGGGUAUGCGACGUUCUACACGUUCGAUGUCGGAACGUUCAUGACGUAUUAUGCCAUGUGCUUUAUUGAUAUCGUGCUCUGGUGCGGGUUUAAGCUCUGGAAGAGGACGCCCUUUGUGAAGCCGGAGGAGGCGGACUUGGUGUGGGAACGGCCUCAAAUCGACGCUUACGAGGCGUCGAUUGAUCCGCCGCUGGGGCUGUGGAAGGACAUCUGGCUCACGAUUACCCUCCAGAAGAAAAAGGAGAAGCGUGAAGACGAUGCAUGA